AAGUAACAGGGUGUACGCUGUUAGUUUGUCAGAGAGACGCAAACUAGUACGGCUGCCCUGUUUUCCUGUAUCAAACGGUAUUUGUGGUGUCUGUUUGAAGCACUUCAUGGAGCAGGAAUCGCGGGAAGCUGCGUACACUGUCAAGGACAUGUCGGACUUGGUUGUAGUUGAUCUGGAUUCUGACGUUAAAGCUGAACUCAAAACAGAGACCAGCCCACCUGAAGAAAACGCCAGUUUGUUGGAUAUAACCCAUUCUCUGUUUCACAAUGAUGAGAAGGGAGGGGACAGUGAUGAAGAUGAUGAUGACAGUGGCACAGAUACCUUCACCAGUGAAAAGGCUGGGACCCAGCUGCAGAGAUGUGAGCGACACGAGAGAGGGAGUUCAAGGCUCCCCGACACCUUCCAGACCAGCAACCUGCUGUUUUAUGAGAGGUUUAAGGCAUAUCAAGACUACAUGCUCGGUGACUGUAAGCCCUCAGAAGUGAUGGCCUUCACAGCAGACUACCUGGAGAAAGUUCUGGAGCCCUGUGACUGGGUGGCUUUAUGGGGCACUGAUGUCUUCGAUGUUCUGGUGGAGGUGGAAGGGUUGGACCUGAAGCAUCUGAAGGCGUGUGUGAAGGUGGUGCUGCCUCUGCAGUGCGACACCAGAGGCUGUGAACUCACCGAGGAGGCCAUGAAUUCUCUUCUGGAGGCAACUCAGCACAAAGUCCCCCUGCAGGAGCUGCAGGUGGUCUACGAUGAGUCUGGGGACCUGGAUCAGACAGCUCUGGCUCUGGAGCACCUCAGGUUUUUCUAUGAGCACAUCUGGAGGCGGUGGGAUGAGGAAGAUGAGGAUGACGACUUUGACUACUUUGUUCGUUGUGUGGAGCCUCGUCUCAGACUCUAUUACGACAUGUUAGAGGACAGAGUCCCAGCAGGCCUGGUGGCAGAGUACCAGUCCUUACUGGAGAGCUGCUCCCGGUGCUUCCAGCAAUUCUCGGAGCUGCGCAACAGCCUGAGUGCCGACUCAGACACCGAGCUGGACAACGUGUCCAUGGUGGAGGGUCUGAAGCUCUGUGACCAGCUGGAGACGUUCAAACGCAAGUUACACCUCAUCGAGAACCCCCUGUUGAGGUAUGUGCUGGCCUACAAAGGAAACUCCAGGCAGCAGUGUGUGCAGAGCCGUGGGCUCCGAGCUUCGGGUACGAAGGUGGUUCAUGUGGUGACGGCCUCCUGUAGCCCCAUCCAGCUGCAGGCUCUCCUCAGCGCCCGUCUGAUGCCUCUGUGCUCCUCCGAGGACACCCAGAUCCAGUUCCACAGAGAUCCCGUGUUGGCCGUGGACGCCUGCUACCAGGGGGACGUUGUGAUCGUCCUCCCAGGGACCUACAGCGUCAGCAGCUCCAUCUUCAUCCCAGACUCCAUCACCAUUGAAGGUUUCGGCUUUCCUGAUGAAGUUGUGAUUGAGGAGAAAAACAGAGGCGACUCCUUCGUGGAGUCCAUGGGAGCAGACGUCAGACUGUCCAACAUCAAGUUCAUCCAGCACGGAGCCGUGGAGGGAAUCCUGUGUGUGCGUGAAGGGACUCUGAACAUGGAGAACUGUGUUCUACAGUGCGACACCACCGGAGUGAUGGUGCGGUCAUCUGCACGGCUCACCAUGAACAUGUGUGACCUGUACGGCUCCAAGGGGGCAGGAGUGGAGAUUUAUCCCGGCAGUGUUUGCAGUCUGGUCAGUAACGGCAUCCACCACUGUAAGGACGGGAUUCUCAUCAAGGACUUUGCUAGUGAUCUGAAUGGGAUGCCAUCCAUCACCCUGGAGAACAACGUGAUCCACAAUAACGAAGGCUUUGGGGUGAUUCUGGUGAAAUCGGGCGAUAGAGAACAUGGUGACAGAGGUGAAGAAACGCCUGCUGCAAACAUGCCUGAACCACAGGGAGACGUCGCGGACCCUCACCUGAUCUCCUCUUCCUCAGCUGGCAGCGUGGACGGAGGCGUGGCCUUAGCUGGCAGCGUGGACGGAGGCGUGGCCUUAGCUGCAGGCAGGAAGUGGCAGUUUGCUCGUCAGCUGAGCAGAAACAAGGAGGCGACCUGUAGCCGAGCGGUCCAGGAUCUGAUGGAGCACCAGAUCUUCGUUUCCGUACAGGAAAAUGAGUUCAAACGUAACGGUGGGGGCGACUUCGGCACCUUUUCCUGCUGACUCAGCAGUUCUUAACCUGGCUUUCUGUCUGUGGGCAGACAGCUGAAUGAGCGUCCGAGUGGUUCAGACUUUUCUAACAGGAAGUUCUGAUCAACUUGGACCUUAAAGAACAAAAAUGCUCGUCUCGUUUUCAAUGUGCUUAAAUGCUUUUAUCUAAUUUAUUCCUUCGGGCUCCUGAUGCUACUUUUUACAAGUUUUAAAGCCUUAUUAGUUUAAAGUCAUCACGUGGUUUAAAUCCAUUAAAUGUUCUUUAUUCUGGUGGUUUUUUGAAAGUUGAGCACUUGUAUACUUUUGUUUCUCACAAGGGGCCUCCAGAGACUCUAAAGCAAGGUUUUCUAAUGGUUGAGGGAAGUUUCCAGGUUGAAAGUCCGGUGAAAAUAAACUGGAUUGUGGUUAGAGACUGAGUAUAGAAAUGUCUCUUGGGGAAAAUCCUGUAAAUGUUAUGACCUUUCUGCAAAUU